AUGUUUGAGGACCGGGAUGACGUGUAUUAAACUCCGGAAGCAACAGUGUUUUUAAAGGAAGCAGAGCAAACGGGCCAAUGAACCUGGUUUAGCAGAGACAUUAAAGCUGUGUAUCAGCGCCAGAACUGUUAUUCUUUUAUUCUCAGGAAUUUCUGAGGAGGCAGGAUGAGUCUGCAGUGGACAGCAGUGGCCACCUUCCUGUAUGUCGAGGUCUUUCUUGUUCUGCUGCUCUGCAUCCCCUUCAUCUCACCCAAGAGGUGGAACAACCUCUUCAAGUCUCGCAUUGUUCAGGUCAUCGCUUACUAUGGUAACACAUCCUUCAUGGUGGCCAUCGCCAUCUUGGUCUUCUUGCUCAUUGAUGCCUUUCGUGAGGUGAGGAAGUACAGUGUGACGGAGAAGGUGGAUCUGACAAACAACCCAACAGCCAUCGAACACAUCCACAUGAAGCUGUUCAGAGCCCAGAGGAACGAGUACAUUGCUGGCUUCGCUCUGCUGCUCUGUUUGUUGCUGCGUCGUCUGGCCACCCUUCUAUCCCAGCAGGCCUCACUUCUGGCCUCAAACGAAGCCUUCAAGAGGCAGGCAGAGGGAGCCAGCGCUGCUGCCAAGAAGUACAUGGAGGACAACGAGCUGCUGCAGGAGAGACUCCGUGAUGCUGGCAUUGAAGCACCUGAGGGUGGAAAGACGCGCCCUGGACCUCAGGAGGAAAACAAGACGCUGAAAGCUGAGGUGAAGACUCUGAGGGAGGAGGUGGAGACGACCAAGAAAGCACUGCAGAAGGCAGACAGUGAUGUCAGUGCUAUGAAGAAACAGGCUGAGAGCCUGACCCGAGAGUAUGACCGGCUGCUGGAUGAGCACAGCAAGCUGCAGGCGAGCAGCGACAAGAAGUCGGACUAAGAAGGAAGAAGCAGCUUCAUUCUUGCUCAGACUUCACAGCUUGUCUCACCUCAGCAGCGCCAUGUCACGUUCCUUUGGGUCAGCUGACCUGCUUUGACAUAAUAGAAAGGGUCCAACUUCUGUCACGGCGUUUUUUUUUUUUUAUUUUUUUUUUUUUAACUAUUCUCACCUUUGACCUCUGUAUAAAUACAUUUUCGGUUUCUUUGCAGUGAAGGGUCUAGUUUGAAAAAGAGGUCUGUCCUGUCUGAUCUAAAUCAAAUUUCUGUGGCCUUUGCUUUAAUAAAUAGACCAAAUGAAACCUGAACAGCUAUUGAGAUUUGUUUAACUUCUUUAAAGUCUUGUACUUAAUGAAUGUUUAAAGCUGCAUCAUUCAGAACCAGCCAGACAAAGGCUGGCGAACGUUGGUCUCUGCGGCACAUGUUCACACCUGUAAAUGGAUGAUGGGAGGUUUAACAGGAUGCCUGCAGGUCUUCCAAUGAUCACAAGCCACUUUUGUUAAAAGUUGACCUGCACUAAACCCUUUAUUGUGUGUUGGUUGAUCUAUUGUUGCUGUUUUGUCCCAUUUUCUCCACAUUCUCUGAAUCUUAUUACUUAAGUUCCUUUUUGGCUUAUUCAUCGUCCAACUCUCUAACUUCAGUCAACCUGCCCUGUGGUGUUUAGGUCAAACUUUCAGAGACGGUUUCCCACGGUUCUACAGCCGUGGGAAACCGUUGUCGCUCCAAUUUGCAUUUGUUGAGGACAGAAGCGAACAGAUUUAAACCAUGCUAUUGUAAACUCAUUAAAGGCUUGUUUCUGAGUAUGUGAUUUAAUUUUUGAAAUUCGGAUGGCGCAAACAUCAAUGUAUCCAUCAAUAAACAAACCUCUGAAGUCACUUCA